AUGAUCCUAGAAAUCUGCGUAUUAUUAUCGAUUGCAUGGACGACGGUACUAACAACAACUGUAUCUUAUAACCAGCCGAAAUUCUGUUCAACAGCAUUGUGGAAUGCGAAUGCAACGACUUUCGCAACUGAAGACAAAAUCGGUACGCAUUCACAUGGCAUUUUUGUCGAUAAAAAUAACAACAUCUAUGUUCCUAAUUGGAGUUCAAAUAAAAUUGUAUUAUGGCACAAUAAUAGUAAAACAGAAUAUAAAACUUUUGCUGGAAACUUAUCCUCUCCACAAAGUGUUUUCGUGACAUUAUCUGGUGACAUGUAUGUCGCUAACGUUCAGAGCGGUUGGAUAACGAAAUUCACACUCAAUGAAACACGCAGUACAUUGACUAUAAAUAAAAUGGGUAAUUGUCUUUGUGUCUUCGUUGACGUGAACAUUACUAUUUACUAUUCAUUUUGGGCAGUGCAUAAAAUUUUUAAACAGCCAGUGAGUGGUACUACAGCUGGAGUAACGACUGCGGCAGGUAAUGAUACUGCGGGAAAAGCCAACAAUCAACUAAAUCAACCUUUCGGACUUUUUGUGGACAUCGAUUUGGAUUUAUACGUGGCCGAUUUUGGAAAUAAUAGAAUUCAACGGUUUCACUCCGGUCAAGUAAAUGGAACAACACUGCUAAUCGAAGACGUAGUUUACAACAAACGUAAAACUUUAAAUUACACAUAUUUUCUUCAUCGUUUUCCUCAAUCUUCUACAUAUUUUGCAGAUCAAACAACGACAACAUUGCCAUCACCACCGACGGCGUCAGGUGAAAAUAGAGUCACAACGAGCAAGAAUCGAAUCCAAUCGGCGCCUAUAUCAACAGCUGUUGGUAUUACUACAGCACACAGAGAAAAUCUCAUCGCCACUACGUCAUCCAUCUUAAGAAACCAUCAACCAUCCAGCAGGAUUCCGCCGAUUGGUACUACAGCGAUAGUUGACAUUGCUACUACACAAGUCAAUCGAAGCACUACCACAAGCGGUACUACUGCGAUCCAGUCUUUUGUCGCUCCUAAUUGCUAUAAUUAUACUUCUACUGGUGUUCUUUGCAGCCAACUUGAAUCGAUAUGCAAGCUAGCAAGUCCAUGUCACAAUAAUGGCAGCUGUACUCUAAAUAGCAGUGCGUCAAGAGGAUAUUCUUGUUGGUGUUUGCCUUAUUUUAACGGUACCUUAUGUCAAUAUGACCACCGACCAUGUAAACCGAACACAUGCUGGAACAAUGGUACUUGUGUUCCAGAUAAGUCAAAUACGACUUUCGAAUGUCGAUGUGCGGUUGGAUGGGAUGGUAAACAUUGUGAACCAAAGAUAAACUAUUGUUGGAACGCCACUUGCUUGAAUAAAGGCGUUUGUUUCCCGUUAUUCAUGAAUUAUAAAUGCGAAUGCGUAGGAGAUUAUUCUGGUCGUCAUUGUGAAAUAUCUAGCCGAAGGAUGAUAAUUCAUAAAAUCAUUUCGAAAACAGUUUCGUAUGUGACGAUUCUUGUUUUGAUCGUCACUGUCAUGUUUUUCGUCAUCAUGGACAUAUUAAAGUAUUGCUUUGGAAUUGACCCGGUUCACCAAGAACGAGAACGAUUGCGACGAGAAAAACGAAUGAAGAAACGUAAACCCGUCAUUCAACGUCCUGUCUAUGUCAAUCCACCGCCCGUUAUUAUCAUCCAGGAAACAACUCUCUAG